UUCUGCCUGAAUACAGAGGACAUGCGCGCUGAAUAGGGGGAGGAGGUCUAUCACACUCUUUCAGAUGUUUUGUGUUCCCCCACGUUGCACAACCCUUAUUUUCUAAUCGCUUGUUCGUAUAGAAAGGAGAAAAAGUAAGUUGUUUUUCUCUCUCUCCAACAAUUUACAGACUGGAAAAAUAAAUUGACACUUGCAUUGUUUUUGAGGUUUUAGUACAGAGUCAUAAUUAAGAAUUUGUAUUAUUAUCAGAUUUUUUUCCACUAGUUGGUCGCGCCCGCCCGCCACCCUGAAGUUCAUCGUUGUUAUCUUGGCCGCCGGGAUGGUGGCCUUCGUCGGAGCGGUAAUCUGCAUCAUCGCUGCCGUCCACACCGGUUCCUCCCAGGGCUGCGCGGCGCAACAGCAACCGCCACCGACAAUCACUCGCUGUAUCCGGACGCGGCGGCGCGGGGCCGCCGGGUCCGUGGCGCGGGCCGGAUCUUUGGGCGCUCUCCACGGUUCUGAAACACCAGAUUCAGAAGCACCCACCUUCGGCAUCGGGCUCGGCGCGUUAGACGGAGUCACCGGACUCGCGGGUCACGACCCAACGGUCAGUCGGCUCAUCUGCACGCCGAUCCCCGCCGGGGAGUGCAACCCGAGGAACUUUCAGCAACAAGCGGAAGACCCGUCGCUGUACGCGGGGGAAGACUGGGGCUACCUGCGCACCACCGCGGAAGAGCUCCGCCAGACUGUUCUGCAGCAAAAAGACCAGAUAUUAACGGACCAGCGCACCAUCAGGGAGCUGACGGGGAAACUAUUCGAGUGCGAGAAGGGGCAGGACGGCCAGAGCAGCCGCGCGGACAGACGCGGGACCGCCGCAGGGCUGCAGGGGGUGAAAGGUGCGGCGCCGCAGGAGAGGCACCCGGAGCGGGUCAUGGUGCGUGACAGCCCGGGUUCGACGGCUGACGGCGCUCACGUGCUCACCGUUAUGGCUGUGAAGGAACUAGAGCAGGCCAUCAGUCAGCUCAAAGACCGCAUAGAGAAACUGGAGUCAGACAUCGGCCCGUUUCCACACAACCAGACGGACGGCAGCGCCUCAGCAGCGCCGGGCGAGGGAGGCACAGAAAGGUCGACCCAUGCCGGGCAAAGAGCCGGAGCCGACAGGCCUUGGAGGAUGGAAGACUUGGAGGGGGAGCUGGAGAGGAAGGUGGAGCUGCUCGAGAAAGAGAGAAAAGCCCUGAGGCUGGAAACGGAGCAGCAGAGGCAGGAGAUCGACCGGGGCAUCAAUAAACUACACCACCGACUCUCAGGGCUGGAGGGAGGUGAUUCGGGGCAUUCCUUCCCGGAGGGCUACAGGCUGUCCUUCCCAACACGGACCAACUACAUGUACGCUGUGGUGAAACACUCCAUCCCGGCGCUGCGGACCUUCACCGCCUGCCUGUGGCUGCGGCCCGCGGAGGGAGGGAUCGGGACGCCGCUGUCCUAUGCUGUUUCCGAGCAAGCCAACGAACUGGUGCUGCUGCAAGGCCUGCACGCCCCCACUGAGCUCCUCAUCAACGACAAGGUGGCACAGUUGCCUCUAAACCUCUCCAGAGGCAGCUGGCAGCAUAUCUGUGUGAGCUGGAGCCAAAAGGGAGGCGUCUGGCAGGCCUACCAGGGGGGAAAGCUCCGGGGCGAGGGCCACGGGCUGGCCACCGGACACCACAUCCGACCCGGAGGAGUGCUCAUAUUGGGGCAGGAGCAGGACUCCGUGGGCGGAGGGUUUGACUCAUCCCAGGCCCUGGUUGGGGAGUUGUCCCAGGUGGGUCUUUGGAACCGGGUCCUGUCUGCCAACCAGGUGACCAGCUUGUCCCGCUGCGGCCGAGUAACCCAGGGCAGUGUGGCCCCCUGGACCGAGAGAGGAGUUGAGGUUUUUGGCGGAGCAACCAAGGACCCGGGCGAGCCUUGCAGUAAACACCACAGGAGUUCUCAAUGAGCGACGGGCCGACGGAAGGGCACAGAUAGAAGGGAGGGGUAAAGUUGUAGGCCUUUCAAGAAUGUGGGCCGCUGCCCACUGCUACAGGAUUUCUGAAAAAUCUCUAUGUGGCGAGGACUGACGAGUUUAUGAAAAAAUGAAAUUGAACGGUACGCACGGUAUCUGUAUGACAGAAGUACUAGAAGGUUUGCCGUUUCUUUACCACACUUUUAGUAAUCGAUCCCGUCGUGGAGGCCCAGUGGAAAGGAACUGGGCUCUGCUACAGAUUGAUGCCACAUUGUUUCACCUCUGCAUGAUGUGUUCAUAUGCCGCUAAUGUCUUGCCACUGCACAGUGUCUCCUGCAUCCAUGGCUGGCAGGUGACUGUCUAUGUGUUUCUAUAUAAAGGCCCAAGGGGCGCUAAAUAAAACAAAUCAUUCCCUGAGGAACCCACCACCACAAGCAGAAUGUUAUCAUUUUUUGGAGAGGGGUGCUUAAUAUAUAUUUCUGAAAAGCCGUUGCCCCAAUUUCAUGUCACAUGUCUGUUGCAUGUUGUGUUCCUUUAAUAAAUACUUAACAUUCAAAAUAUAUAAUGCACUCAAUGUAAAUUUAACAUUCCUGGAAGCUGACUGUUUCAUCUUUGUAUUUUUAUACAUGCAGCCACUCAGUAACGUGGUUUGAUGAAUUAACAACCUGCAACCUCCAACUCUUUGAACCUUCCGACAUUCCGUGCAUGAGCUCUGCUGUAUGUUUGUGAUAUGCCUUGGAUGCAUCUAAUAUGUUUCUGAAAAUCCAUCUUUGAUCUCUUUGAUGGUUAUUCUUCACUGUAUGAUUAAAAAAAUACAUGUUUUUUCCAAGCAUAAAAAAUAUCCUGACUGGAAAGUGCCUGUCCGGGUGUCUGAACCCAUGUAAUUAAAUCCACAUCCUGAUGGAAAAUUUGGACUGUAAGGUAUUUUGAACUAAUUAAUCAUCAAUGUUUCUGUGAACUCCCUGGUGGAUUUUUAAGAUUUAAGAGGUUUGAUCAAACGUUUCAAAACACGGGACUUCUUUGCAGUGCUGCCAAACUGAUGCUAAAUCAGGUCAAAGUCAUCUUGCUGUGUUCAAUAGUGUCUUUGAUGAUGCCUCUCAGUCUGCUGUGUUAUUAAUGAAAUUAUGCCUGCUAUCGGUUCAGCUUGUUUGAGCUUCUUGUUUUAUGCUUUUUAAUAGUGUUGUGGCAUUAUUCUCAUUAUAGUUAUUGGAAUUGAAUACUUUUUAACGCUAUUGGGAAUUUAUUCCUUCCAUGAUAUCAGCUUUUAUUUCACUGUGUGUAUUGGUAUCUGUCUCUCGUUGUAAUUUGUAUAAGUACUGUAUGUCCACGUCUCGUAGGCUGUUGUAUCUGCAUAUUUACGUGUAAAAAUCUCAAAUCUUUAUUAAAGUCCUACUUUUCAGAUUAUGUUCAUAGUAUGUAAUAUAUGAGAAAUUGAGGUUGAUUUAGUCUUAAUAAGGGGCUGUUUUAUUCAGGGACACACACUUGUGAUCCAAGGGCAGCCGCAACAAAACCUGCUGUGAGACCCUCGUACACCAGACAUUGACAGAAAUAAUGACAUACUCCUUUGCUCUCCACGGUCACUCUUCUCAAAGGGAAAAUAAAAGAGAGUUUGAAGGAGAAACGCCUGGAGCUUUUCCCCUCAAGGUGUGAGUUACGAGUAAAUUGAGGAUUUGUGAAUCCCAUGAGUCAUCAGUGAGUCAGUUGGGUCUCAGAGCAACACAUCUGCAUGUAAGAAAUGCUAAGCUAAGCCAACUAGCUGCUAUAGCCAAAGCCUCACAUUCAAUGGAAUAUAUAUGAGAAUGCUUUCAGACAUAUCAUCUAAAUAUUGCCAAGUAAGCACUCAAUAGUAUUCCCCAAACAGUUGGACUAACCCUUUAAUGAAACUCCUACAUCAAACAAUAACAUCUACAAGCUUUGAAAGCCUGCAGGUAUAUAACUGAGAUGUUUAGCCAUUUGUGCCAAGAGUGUGCAAUCUCUAUGUUUCAGUUUUGUAAACAUUAAAAAAGUCAUUUUCAAAUCUCA